AUGACAAUCAUUCGUGAUAUUGUCGAGGAGAGUGUCUCUGCAUUGGAUGUCAGUUUUUGCUUUGACAACUCUUUCUUGAGACAAUUUGUAUUUGAUAAUAAUGAUUGA